CUUAGCUUCCAAUCCGACCCCGUUUUAUAGUGCGAGCCCUCUUAUUUGUUUAGGACAAGAAUAGCAAUCGGGGGCGAACAAGGAAACCGAUAAGGCGAAAGAGGGCGGAUUGAGACGACGAUGGAUUCUUCCUCCGGCGGCGGCGUGCCGGUGCUGUCGGCGUGGGCCGCGGCCGCUUCCCGGCGGUACCAGCACUUGCUGGACAAGGCGACGCCGCACGUGUUCCGGCGGUGGCUGGGGUUCGGGGCGGUGGCCGCCGCUUACGCCCUCCGCGUCUGGUUCGUCCAGGGCUUCUACAUCGUCUCCUACGCCCUGGGCAUCUACGUCCUCAACCUCUUCAUCGCCUUCCUCUCCCCGCAGGUCGACCCCGAGAUCCAGGAGCUCGUCGACGGCUCCGGCCCCUCCCUCCCCACCCGCUCCUCCGACGAGUUCCGCCCCUUCGUCCGCCGCCUCCCCGAGUUCAAGUUCUGGUAUUCCAUUACAAAAGCAUUCUGUAUUGCUUUCAUAUUGACAUUCUUCAGUAUGUUCGAUGUUCCUGUGUUUUGGCCUAUUCUACUCUUCUACUGGUUGGUCCUAUUCACAGUGACGAUGAAGCGGCAGAUACUUCACAUGAUAAAAUACAAAUAUGUUCCCUUCUCGUCGGGAAAACAGCGUUACAAUGGGAAGAGAGCAGCUUCUUCUUCCGAGGACGAAAGCGUUCCCAGCAGUGGAACAACUUGAUGCAUCUUUAUCUUCAGAUGCUGACGAUAAUGAAUUAAUCUAUCAAUGCAUUCCCAGGGGUAAAAGAUGCAUUAUUUCUUCCUAUUGUAUUUCCCUGGUCUCCCUUUGGCAGACCAGAAGGAAUCCUGAUGUUAAAUUUAUGAAAUGAUUUGACCCUGGCAGAAGGGCAAUGCUUGGUGAAACAGGUGGUUUUCUGCCUCCUCGUUUUAAUUAUUAUUCAGUUACAAGAUAAGUUGCAUU